GACUCCCUUCCGAGGUCCAGCCGGAGCGCACGCACGCGCCGUCUGCCCCAGCUCGUUGCCAUGGCAGCGGAGAGACGCUUUGUCUCUGUUCACCAGCUGUGGGAGAAGCCCCAUCUUGGCGUCGGCGCGAGCCCAGGAGUCUCAAGUUAGGAUGUAUAAGGUAGACAUCCAACCGGAGGAGAAGCAGGCCGUGGCCAUCGAAGCCCGAAGGAACCGGGAGAAACAGAGGCAGAGCCGAAUCUUUAAUGUUCGGAACCGAGUCAUUGGGGUGGAUGUGGAAGCUCUGAGGAGCCAGGUGCAAGAGCAGAGAUGGCGGGCAGAUGCGGAGAAGGCUCGCGAGGCAGCCUUUGAUGCUAGCCGGGUCCAGUGUGACCUCGUGGCCCAGCUGCUGGAGAGAGAGGAGGUGCAGCGUGCCCGGCAGGCAUCUCAGCAGAUCCAGGCCUUUCGAGAUCGGGAGCAGCGGCCCCAGGAUCGCCAAGACUUCGACCUGUAUGACCCAGAGAGACUGCAGAAGGAGAAGCUGGCCCAAGCAGGCAACCUGGACACCUGCUAUGGACCCUCCAGCAUGCAGCACUUUGACGGGGAAGACGUGGGCCAGUCUAGUCGUCAGCGCCUCCUACGGGAACAGUCUCGCUGGGAAUUGAGCCGUCAGCGGGAGGAGCACCGCCAGGCUAGGAAGGAUGAGAGGUAUUCAGAAAUCCUGGAUGACAAGAAGAGGAUAGAGAUGGACCUACGAGCUGCUCACCUGGAGGAUUUAGAAGCUGCCUGCCGUAAGGCUAUGGAUGUGACCAUGGCCAAUUACAACAGGGCUCAGGCCUUGGAGGUGGAAGAGCAGCGACGCCUAGCCCGGCAGAGGGAGCAGGACGACAACCUCACUGAAAUCUACAAUCACCUGACCAGCGACAUGCUGACUGAGAACCCUUCGGUCUCCUCGAACCCCUUGGCCUCUCAUAAGGUGAGCCUGGAGCACUGGAAGGGCAUGAGUCCCGAGCAAAUAGCCGCCAUCCAGAAGGAGCAGGCGGCUCAGCGCCUCGAGGCCCAACACCGGCGGCAGGCUGAGCAGCGCCUGGAAGCUGAGUGGGUCUUCCAGGAGAAGUUGGCCGCUCGGGCCGCUUGCCAGCUAGAAUAUGAGCAGCAGGUCCGAACACAGAAGCUGCGGCGUGACAUGGAUGCCUACAACAAGCAGCUGGCCCAGGAGCAGCGGGCACAGAAGGACUACCUGGACAAAGUGGUGUACACCAACGAGCCCACAGCCCACUUCUACCUCCAGUUCAGCACCAGUAGCCGCUGAGUUGGGAGACCUAACCCUGGGGGGCAAGGGAGCUGAGCUUCUGUGGGGAAAUAAAGUGAC